AUGUCAUUUCGGUUGAGUUUCAAUACAAUUUCAUUUGUUGUAAUAUUAGUUUCAUUUGUUUUUCUAUUACUUGCAACUAUAAGUUCACCAGUAGUUAAAGCAUUUAAAUUAGGUGAUACCGCUAGUCAUACAUAUGGUGUUUUUGGUUUUUGUUGGAAUAAUGAUCUGGAUUGUUUCACAGGUUAUCCUUUAUCUUUAAGUCAAGUUGAUGAUUCAACUAAAAAUUGGUUAUUACUGGAAUCUUCAAGAGAUACUUUAGCAAAAAUGUUUAUUUUAACUCCUAUUGCUCUUGGAUUUAAUUUUAUUUUAUUAGUCUUGAUAUUUGUUAGUCAUUUUGGUUCUAGACCAGUGGUUAUAAUUGCUAUUGUUGUUAAUGUUAUUGCUUUGAUAUUAACUAUUAUUUCAUGUGUGAUUUCCAUCUUGUCAUUUUAUCCUAAUUUAGGUUGGACAGCAUGGAUUUUAAUUGGUUCAGGUGCAGCUACUAUCAUUUCAAUAAUUGGUUUGGUUCUUACUUUAUUGUUUGGUACUGAUGGUGAUGAUGAUGUUGGUUCAACUUUUGAAAAUGAAGACUUUGGAAGAUUCACAAAUUACAAUCGUAUUGAUGAUAAGUUUAAUCAUAUUCAAACUUCAACAUUUAAAACGAAUAGUUCUGUUGAUGAUGAAUUUGAUUAUAAACCAAAAGAAUCUAAUUAUAAUACUUUCACCAACCUCAAUUCAAAUGCUGGUAAAGUAAGAACUGCUAAUGGUCCAGGAAUUGUAACUACUGCGGCUGUAGCAACGGCUGGUGCCGCUGCCGGCGCUGGUGCGGGUGCGGGUGCUGGCGCAGGUGCUGCUGCUACUGCUACUGCUACUAGUUCUAGUUUUGGUUCAAAUUCUGCCCCAGCAUCUAAUCGUAUUGUUCCACCAUCUCAAAGAAUGGGUAAUAAUGGUUCGUUGACAAGUAAUUCUUCAUCAUAUUUCAAUAAACCACAAACUGUUAAUGAUUUUACUCAAAGAGAUCAAAAUAGUUAUGGUUAUCAAUCAAAUACACCUCCACAAGGAUCUUCAGGAGGAUUGCCUUAUCCUGCUGGAACACCACCAACUACAAGUAAUGAUAAGAAUGACUAUAAUUCAAGUGUUUUUGAACAUCAUCCAGAAGUUGAAGGACAUAAACCAUUUACUGAAUUGGAUGAUUCAAGUGAUGCAGAUGAAGAAGAAGCUUUGGUUAAUAACAAUAGACAAGAUAAUGGUAAUGGUAUUAAUGAUUCUGAUGAAGAUUCUGAUUUCACUAGUGUUUCACAACGUGCACCAAAUCCUCAAUAUUAUGGAAAUGCCUAUAAUCAAGGAGGAUAUCAACCACAAAACCAAUAUUCACAUGUUCAACAAUACACUCCAAUUCAUCAACAACAGCAGCUACAAGCUAAUCAAUAUAGACCAUACAUGGGACAACAACCUCAACCACAUCAAUUAGCUUCCGGUCCAGCAUAUGCAGGUUCAAAUGCUAGUGCACCAACAUCAUCAUAUUAUUCCAAUCUGGGUCAACCAUCACCAUAUCAACAACAACAAUAUCAUCAUCAAUCACAAUCACAAUCACAACCUCAACCACCAAGAGGUCCAACUGUUUCUGAUAACGUAUUGAAUAAUAAUCCAGAUUUCCAAUUUGCUCGUUUGCAACAACAACAACAGCAACAGCAAAGACGUAAAGCUAAUCCUGGAUUUGUUCCUGUGGCUGCAAGAUAUAAUGGUGCACCACUUGGUCAAAAAAAUCAGAAUGCUAGUGCAUUAAUGGGAAGAGGUGCUGCUGGUGCAAAUAGUGGUCCUUAUAGUAUUACUAGAUAA